CUCCGAAGUUUGAACAAGACCGAAACGGAUGGUUCUGGGGCUGUCAGUGAGUGGGAUUAAUGGGGAGCUCCUAGGAUUAGAGGGGAAAGGGAGAAUCUAAGCUUUGCUAUUUACCAGUUAAGUGGCCUUGCGAAAAUCACUUAACCUUUCAGAGCCUCAGUUUCCUUAUCUAUAAAACGAGAGUAAUGAUACCUAGUUUUCAGGGUAGUUUUAUAAAUACAGAGUAUGGCUCACAAGCCACUGCCCUUUCCAGUGCGGCAUAGACCUGGUGUAAGGUUGCUCACCUUUUUGAGGAAAUAGGCUUACUUUGUGUCUCAGCAUGUCAAUAAUAACAGUGCAACUUGGUCAGUGUGGCAACCAGAUUGGUUUUGAAGUGUUUGAUACUUUAUUUAGUGAUUCACACUGUCCCCAGGGACUCUGCUCUAAAAGAGAGAAUGAGGCAUAUCAAGCAUCUUGUAAAGAACGGUUCUUCAGUGAAGAGGAAAAUGGAGUUCCAAUUGCCCGGGCUGUACUUGUUGAUAUGGAACCUAAAGUCAUCAAUCAAACACUAUCAAAGGCUGCCCAGUCUGGCCGAUGGAAAUAUGGCCAGCAUUCAUGCUUCUGUCAAAAACAAGGUUCUGGAAACAACUGGGCAUAUGGCUAUUCUGUUCACGGACCCAGGCAUGAAGAAUCUAUAAUGGACCUGAUCCAGAAGGAAGUAGAGAAAUGUGAUUCUUUGAGUGGUUUUUUCAUCAUAAUGAGUAUGGCUGGAGGCACAGGAUCUGGGCUAGGAGCCUUCAUUACACAGAAUUUACAAGAUCAGUAUUCCAACUUUUUGAAAAUGAAUCAUAUUAUAUGGCCUUAUGGAACUGGUGAGGUUAUUGUUCAGAAUUACAACUCCAUUUUGACUCUUUCUCACUUGUACCGAUCUUCAGACGCCCUCCUUGUUCAUGAGAAUGAUGCUGUUCAUAAGAUCUGUGCAAAACUACUGAACAUCAAGCAGAUCUCCUUCAGCGAUAUAAAUCAAGUCCUUGCCCAUCAGCUGGGAAGUGUAUUCCAGCCUACUUAUUCUGAGGAAGGCUCAUCUCGCUACAGAAGAAAUCCACUAGGCGACUUAAUGGAGAAUUUAGUUCCGCAUCCUGAAUUCAAGAUGCUGGGGGUUCGUAACAUUCCUCAGAUGUCUGAGCACUCACUGGCAUACAGCACGUUUACUUGGGCUGGCCUCCUCAAGCACUUGAGACAGAUGCUCAUUUCUAAUGCGAAAAUGGAAGAAGGUAUCGAUUGGCAGGUACGGCCUCCUUUACCAGGACUUCCUACUCGUGGUAAAAUGUCUCUCAACAAGGAGCUUCACUUUAACACUUCCAUCGCUAAUACGGUCGUCCUGCGUGGGAAAGAUGUGCACAGUGCAGAUCUGGGGGGAUUUAAAGAUCCGGCUCUCUACACUUCCUGGUUGGAGCCUGGUGAGGCCCUCAGUGUGUGGAGAACCCAGCGAGCCUUUAGCAAGUACGAGAAGUCUGCAGCGUUGGUCAGCAACAGCCAGUUCUUAGUACAACCACUUGAUAUGAUUGUGGGAAAAGCAUGGAAUAUGUUUGCUUCAAAAGCCUACAUUCAUCAGUACACAAAAUUUGGAAUUGAAGAAGAGGACUUUUUGGACAGUUUCACAUUGUUAGAACAGGUUGUUGCCAGUUACCGAAACCUCUGAUCUUGAACAAGUACCUUGUGUCAUUUUGAACUAAAAUAUUUCCAACACUAUUUUCACUGUACAUUUUCAAAUUCUGAUCUUUUAAACCAGUUAUAUCAGCCCGGC